AUUCUGCCAGUGUGAUUUUGGUGCGCGCCGCGAGUAUUCGAGCAGUCUCCAACGAACGUUCUCAAACGAGCGUUCUCCUGACACAACAGGUACGCCUAUUAACAGAUCGGCUCCAAACUGAAGAAUUGCACGAAUUCGCAAGCGGUAAGCUAGUUAUGAUUUCCACAACAAAAAGAAAAGUUUUUGGCAAAAUUUAUCGCCAAGGAAUAGCUUGUGUUUGAAAGGAAGAUGACCCAAGACCUUGAUUUUGGAGCGAAGUUAUUUUAGAUAAUAACAAAAGAAUAGUUAAACCAUUGUAAAAUGGAAAUAGAAAUGGAAAAAAUGGACCCACAACCAAAUUAUAUGUCAGCACCAUACUCUUAUCAGCAGCCGCCACUAUCAAUGCCACCUUCACCACAUACGGUACAUACGAUUAUAACGCCGACAGCCUUUAGCAAGGAAAAUCAACGUAUGACCUGUCCACGUUGCAACGUUGAUAUAAAUACGCGCGUAGAAUCGGUACCGAACAUGAAAACACAUCUAAUUGCGUUUCUACUCUGUGUAUGCGGAUGCUGUUGUUGCGCACCGUGUCCUUACUUCAUGGAUUCUUGUAUAAUCCACAAACAUUACUGUCCAGCGUGCAGUUCUUACCUUGGAGAAUCCAUAAAUUAAUCAAUUCCAUUUACGAUUGCCCAGAUAGCCAAGUCUAAAGGCCAAAACACAGACUUUUGCAUAACGCAUAAUGCAUAAACAUAAAAAAAUUGAUUGGUCCAUAUACAUGUGCAUAAGAAAAUAGACCAAUACAUUUUCUUAUGCUUAUGUUUAUGCACUGUCUGGAUAUACCCUAAGAGCUCGCUUUGUCUGUAUACUGCAAACUGUAUACUGCAUGCUAUACUGGCAUAAUUUUUGCAGUAGCAAAGCUAUACAUAAUCUGCUCCGUGUCAAAUAAUGUAUGUAGAACAGAAAUCUAACAGAAUCUGACAUCAUGAUAUGAUAGCAGAUAUAUUGGCAGAAAAAAUCUGAAAUAUUUUAUUCUUAUUCUGUUUUUCUAAAAAAAAAAAAAAACAUUCCAAUUUAUAUUAAAAA